CGCACUUUUGACUUCAAAACGAAAUACGACAACUAGGUUCAGUUGAAUCCGGCCAUUGGCCGCUUUGACAUACUCACAGCUGGCAAAGACCCCUAGUAUUAUAUAAGAAGUUUGUGCACUGCAGUACCUGGACUUCAACAAUACCACUGUGAGGCCUGACUUGCUCAGGUAUCGUUCCUGCCCAAACUUCCGCAGAUAUCAGCCAACUCUUUUCUCUUGAUAUCCCAAUUUUUGCAGCCAUGGUUGGUGUAGCGGGUGGACUGGAAAUGGAGGAUCACAAACGUGAUGCCGACUUUAACAAAAUGCUACACGGAAGCUCAGCGCAGGCUAAUGGAGGCGUGGCUGCCAUGUUCAGUAAGAAUAGUGAGGCAAAGAAAGUCGCUGUUGACGAGUACUUCAAACAUUUCGAAAACAAAAGGGCUGAUGAGGAGACUGCGGGCGACCGAGAGUCCAGAAAGGCUGAGUAUGCCAGUCUUACCAAACACUACUAUAACCUCGCUUCCGAUCUUUACGAGUAUGGUUGGGGGCAGUCGUUCCAUUUCUGCCGCUUCUCUCUGGGUGAGCGUAUUUGCAACGCAAUUGCCCGCCAUGAACAUUAUCUCGCUUAUCAUACUGGCAUCAAGGAGGGUAUGAGAGUUCUAGACGUGGGCUGCGGCGUUGGCGGCCCGGCUCGCGAGAUCUCCAAGUUCACCGGUGCACACAUAACUGGCUUAAACAACAGCGACUACCAAAUCGACCGUGCAAUACGCUAUGCCGUCAAGGAGAAGCUUUCGGACCAGCUGAAGUUCGUCAAGGGAGACUUCAUGCAGAUGCCCUUCCCCGAUAACACUUUUGACGCUGUGUAUGCUAUUGAGGCUACCGUACACGCACCCAGACUUGAGGUCGUCUACGGUGAGAUGUUUCGGGUGUUAAGGCCUGGUGGUACUUGUGGUGUGUAUGAAUGGCUGAUGACAGAUGACUACGACUGCGAAAAUGUGGAGCAUCGUCGUAUUCGUUUGGAUAUAGAGCUGGGAAGCGGAAUCUCUAACAUGGUGACCAUAUCUAAGGGUGUCGAGGCCAUGAAGUCUGUAGGCUUUGAACUGCUUUGUCAUGAGGAUCUGGCAGAUCGUCCAGACUACUUGCCGUGGUAUUGGCCGAUUGCGGGCGAAAUGAAGUACAUGCAAUCGAUUUUCGAUGCAUUCGCUUGCAUACGCAUGACACACUGGGGUCGAUCCGUUGCGCACCAUUUCACAGGGUUCUUGGAGGCAGUUGGUGUUGCGCCCGGGGGCACAAAGAAAACGGCGGACGCAUUGGCCACCGCCGCGGAUGCGCUUGUUGCUGGGGGAAAGCAGAAGCUCUUUACGCCUAUGUAUCUUAUGAUUGGACGGAAGCCGGCAGUAAGAGAGAGUGGUUAGCUUCCGGAGGAGCUGGGGGCUGUAAGGCGAAUUGUUCAGACAACGUUUCCCCACGACCAACCGUUUGCGCGUCUUUAGGACUAGCAAAUCCGGUGUGAUAUAUUAAUGCCAGUAGAACUGGG